AUGGACAACCUCCCUGCACAUCUUUCUGGCCUAGAGCUGGCACCACCACCUCCCAAUGUACGCAUCUGCUGGCUCCCAAAGAAUUCAACAAGCCGGUUCCAACCUCUUGAUCAGGGGAUUAUCCAGAACCUGAAGAUCUAUUAUCAGAAACAGUGGUUAAGAUAUAUGCUUUCUUACUAUGAAAGGAACCUGGAUCUGCUGCAAUCUGUAACAAUUCUAGAUUGCAUACGAUGGCUUGUACGGGCCUGGCAUCAUGAUGUCCAAAGCUCAACUAUCCUAGCCUGCUUUUAUAAGAGCACGCUAGUCCAGGAUCCUAUAGAGCUUCCAGUUGAAGUACCUGAUCUAAGGCCACUUUAUACACAGGUACAGCAAUCUGGUAGGCUAUCAGACUGCAUAGAUAUCUCCUUCUUUCUCAACCCUGUAGAAGAGUCUCCAGAGCCAAUUAGCUCUGGGAAUAAGAUAUCCUCAGAUGCAUUACUUGAGCAACUAAUUGCUGAGGCUUCUGGAAAUGCAGAUAUAUAUCCUAAUAAUCUGGAUGAUGAUUUAGGCGAGCCAGCCCCUCUUCCAAAGCCUCAGGAUGCUCUUGAUGCUGUACGACUUCUAAUCUCUUAUAUGGAGGGUCAGGAUACGUCCAAAACACCUAUUCUUAGAUCUCUUGAGCGGUUAGAGCGAGAUAUAGAGGGUGAAAUUAUCACGGCGAAGGCUCAGGGUACCUUAGAUAGUUGGCUUAGUAAUGCUAGAUAA